UAUAGGUGUUAUUAUUUUAGUUCUCGUUUCGUUACUCUAUUCGGUUUCAGUUCUGUUUCAAAACAAAACCAUUUUUGACACGAACGUUUCUAUUUUUUGUUAAAUUACGCGCUUGGGGAAAAGACUCUCAGAUGAGUGCUGACACUUGCAAUCAAUUUCAUGGACCUAACAUUGAAGAGUGAAGUCAACUGUAACUCCCCGCUGAGCUCUUAUUCCUGAGGAAACUUGCGCCAAGGAUACAGCUGCACCCCCUCUCCCCAUAUUUUUGCUGUUAAGUGGAUUUGUGUCAUUUCCUGUCCAGCCGAGCAGGAGCCAAAAAAAGAACAAACCUCCACUAGCAUUUUCCUUUGUUCACUUUUCCACCAGAAAUGUAAGAUGAGGAGACAGAGGAUGGACAUUCUUCCCCUCUCAGGACUAAAAUCUCCUGUUGACAGAUUUUGCAUGUAACAAAGAGUCAAGUCAAGUCAAGUCAGGCAGAGUUCUUCAUUCUAAAGUGACUAAAGCAUUCUGGACUAUGGCAGAGCACAAGUCAGCAGCACCAGUAGGCAGCUUGACAUGGGCACGUGUUUGUAAGGAGUGUGGGCAGUGCCAUGAGAAUCAGGACAGCCAUGUAUAUGAGUACCAGGAUGAGGUGGAUGAUGAACUGGUCUGCCACAUCUGCCUUCAGCCACUGCUGCAGCCAGUGGACACGCCGUGCGGCCAUACGUACUGCCUACAGUGCCUGAGCAGUUUUCUGCAUGACCAGGACUUCUGCCCCGUGGACCGCCAGCGCAUCGCAUUACAGCAGUGCCGCUCCGCCAGUCUUCUCGUGCGCAACUUGCUGGACAAGCUCACUGUGCUGUGCCCGUUCCAUGGCGAAUGCCAGCAAAGCAUGCAGCGUUGUGAACUGCAGCCUCACCUACAGAACAGAUGCCCUGCAUUCAAGCGGCUUAGGGAGGAGGCUGAAAAGAGAAAAAGACCCUCCUGGAAUGAGGUAAAGGGAAGCAAGACAGAGGGGGAAUCUGACACAAAAUCCAAUCCAACUCGUAUAUCCAAUACUCGGGGGCCUCAAGAUCCUGGCAUGGUCAACCAUGCCUUUGAUGAGGGAGAAGAUGCCCCUCUCAGGUCCAGUCUGGUGGCAGAGGCAAAUAUCGUUGAGCUUUAUCGAGAAGACCCAGGUGAAGAUUUGGGUUUGCGCAUUGUCGGAGGCAAGGACACACCCCUGGGAAACAUUGUCCUUCAAGAGAUCGUGCGUGAUUCUGUGGCUGGCCGAGAUGCCACGCUGGCCCCAGGGGACCACAUUCUAGAGGUGAAUGAUGUAAGCCUGGCUGCUGUCCCUCACGCUCAUGCCAUUGCUGUGCUGAGACGACCAUGCUCCGUCUUCAGGCUCACAGUCAUGCAGGAGAAGGGUUUCAAGCCCCGACCAGAGAACAACAUGAAUCCUUCUACGUCUCCUUUAAGUCAAACCACAAACAGCCCUGGCACAGUGAUUCAGGUGACGCUGGUGAAACACGAGCGCUCCGAGCCACUCGGCAUUAAACUCAUCCGCAAGUCAGAGGAACCGGGCGUCUUUAUCCUGGACCUGCUGCCGGGAGGCCUGGCUGCCAUGGAUGGCAAACUGCGCAAUAACGACAAAGUGCUGGCGAUUAAUGGCCAGGAUUUAAGGCACGGCACGCCAGAGAGCGCCGCACAGAUCAUCCAGGCAAGUGAAGUUCGGGUGAACUUUGUGGUGAUGAGACAGUCAGAGUCGACUGAUGAUGGAGUUGAGGUGCAAAGCAGAGCGGCCAGGAGAGUCGCUGACAGUCAGUACUUCAGGCGCAGAUCCACAUUCAUGAAGGAUCCUCCUGGUGGAUUCUCCAGUCAGGAAAAGACAGUGAGUGUAAAGAAAGAGCCACGUCACUCACUGGGCAUCACAAUUGCUGGUGGGAGAGAUGGCCGCAGUCGUCUGCCUGUGUACGUCACCAGCGUGCAGCCGGUGGGCUGCCUUCACAAAGACGGCACCAUCAAACCAGGUGAUGUGUUGCUGAGCAUCAAUGGCGUCGACCUGACCCAGCUGACCUAUAAUGAGGCCGUGUCCGUGCUGAAAUCACAGACGGCUCAGAGCGCCGUGACAUUACGAGUCAUCCGCACCAUUGCUGAUGAGGAAGAGCAGGACGCAGAGACUGGAAAUAAAGAGGAAAUAGACACAUUGGAGAACCCUAGAGAGGAUGAUGUUAACUGGGCUCCACUGUGGACCCGCUGGUUGGGCUUACCCAGUCACAUGCACUGGUGUCGUGACAUAGUUUUGUUAAAAACCAACAACGAAAGCUGGGGCUUCAGUAUCGUCGGGGGAUAUGAAGAAAGUCGAGGCCAGCAGCCCUUCUUCAUCAAGACCAUUGUGCCUGGAACUCCUGCUCACUUUGAUGGACGUCUCAAGUGUGGAGAUGAGAUUGUGGCUGUAAAUGGUGCCACCACAGUGGGCAUGAACAACUCUUCACUGAUUCCUAUGCUGAAGCUCCAGAAAAAUAAGGUCACGCUCACUGUGGUAUCGUGGCCUGGCAGCCUGGUAUAAAAACUCUAAAUCAGAUAUACUGUUUUUCACUCGUUACGGAAUACAAAAGUGUCAUAGGAUAACGGACAAGGAUUAUUUUCGUAGCGGUGAAGUUGCAGAUUGCAAGUGGACCUAAUCAGGAAAGCUGGAUUUUGACUGACGGUAAAAAUUAAACAAAUUAACCGUUUUAAACAGCAUUCUGAAGGAUAUUGCCAUGUUGUAUGCACAUGGAAAUGGGUCUGCAAAUGGAGCUGGAUAAUAAUUACAGAAAUCGAAUUGUAAUUUUGAUUCAUUUCAAGUUAGAGAAUAAUUGAGUCCAAUUGUAAAUGGCUAUGAGGACACUACUUGGAAUGGGACCAAACCAAAGCCUUAUGUAAUUAGUCUGUAAUUACACAUUUAUUAUUGUCUUCAGUUGGGAUUUAAGAUUGUGCAUACAACUUUUAAAUCUGGUAGCAUCUGCUGACUAUUAAGACAUUUUAAUGACUGUCAUUGAACUGUGUUAUUUCUGGAUAUAUUUUAAAGUGUCUAGAUUUUUUCGUGCCUUACACAUGUAUCCAGGUAUAUAACUGCAUUAAUGCUACAAUACCAAAAAUGCCACUUUUACAUGUUUAUGCCACAUAUAUUUGUUUGUUAGAAUUCACAUUGCUGUUCAGUUCUAGUUAAGUAGUAUUUUGCUUUAGCAAUAAAAAUAAACUACUACUCUGCAAAAGUAUUGUAGACAGAUACCAAUUCAGGUUUUGUUUUUCCUACUUCUGGUAGGUGAAGAAUUAUUGCUUUCUAUUUUAGUCAUUUCACAAGAUAAUUUGAAUUUAUUUAUGUACUCUAUACAUGUAUAACACUCUUGCAUAGCCUUAAGUGGUUCUACUUUUAAAAUAAAUACAUAACCACAUUAAUUCUUUUUAGGAUUAAGUGAACUAACACUACAUUAAUCAACCAUAUUCUGAUCACUCCUGCCUGUCAAGAAGCAAUCAUUCGUGACGUGCUUUAACUGUGGAGGUUUGAGGUGGGUAUUAGGAUAAUUUCACCAGCCAAUCGGGGUGCAUCGCAACACAACCAUUUACACUUACUUACACUUGGCGUCAAUUUAGUGUAGCCAAUCCACAAGAACAUACGGCCCCCACCACCACAAACACAAAAAUAAGUCAUUCAGGUGUGCUUACGCCAACACUUUCUUAUAUGGAACUGUCAAAAUGCAUGUCAUCAAAUACAUGUCUGUAAAUCAGCAAGCUUAUAUCAGUGGAUAUUAAUAAUUUUUGUCUGUGGGACUGCAGGUGUGGAGUAAAUCUGAUCUAGCAGGCUGGACCAAUGUAUUAUUGUAUAAUAGGCCUAAAGUCCAAAGGUACAAAUGACCUAUGAGCUGCAAAUUGAAAAGCCAUGCCCAAAACAAUUAGCCUGUGUGUGGGUGCCCCCAAGAUUUAUGCCACUGGUUGACCUCUGGUUUUAUUUGAUGUAUGUAUUCUGUGAAGGUUACUUAGUAACUCUGCCCUGUCCUCACUGUGGUUUAGUCUGCCCUCUUCAGGCUGCCAGAUACUCCAGCUUCAAAUUUCAACCUUAAUUCCCUGUCUAUUUUUUCCACUGCUGUGUUUGUUAAACAGCCAGUGUCCUUACAAUCACACAUUUAUUCCAUAUUCCUGUUAUCCAGUGGGUGAAACAAAAAGGGCAAAUGCCUGGCUGAAGUUGUUUGAUGAUUACUACAUGAUGACUUGAGGGUGCUUUUCACCUUUACCACAUCUGUAAUCCUUUUAAAUGUUAUGCUUUCUUAUAACCACUUCAUCCUGCUAAUGGUUGCAGUUGUCAAAACAGAAAACACCUCUUUGACAUCCUUAUUGCCCAAAAAUCUCGAAGCAAUGCAUACAUCCAGUUACAGCUAAGCAGCUCAGAGCAAUAAAUAUAAACAAGGGUUUUUCCCCUCUUUCAAAAAACAUGCAGAGGGUAAAUUGGCUACUCUAAAUAUGUGGUAGGUGUGCAAUUCUACCACCCAGUGGUACUAGAUAUCAAUUAAUAAACACAAGUAAGUAUUUCCCACAGGUCUAAAGUAAAUAUUGGGGUAAUACUAAGGUGGUGUGAUGUUUUGGGAGGAUGGGGUGUUUGAAAUAUAGUAUGUUUCAUAAGUAUAAUCCUACUGUGGAAAUGUUUGUUUUUUCCAAAAAGGUUGGGGUGGAAAAAUUUACUAGGGUGCUGUACAGCCCCUGGGACCUGAGUUUAAUCUUUACAUUUGAGUCAAUAUUUGUGAUUUAUUCAUAUUCUUCAUGUGCCUACAUGGAAUUUUGUCCUUGUAUUUUGUUUUUUUCUUUUCUCCCACAAAGCAUGCAGAUAUUAGAUUAGCUGUUUAUGAGUGUAAGUGGCUUGCACCCAGUGGAUCUGGGAGGCGACCCUGACCAGAAG